AUGGGCUGGUGGUUGCCUGUGACUGGGAAGCCAGAUAGCUAUGGGGAGCUGUGUGCACGCAUGUCCGGGGAUGAGGCAGUUGCGGCAGGCGCGGUGCGCGCGGCUGGCCUGCCCUCUAGCGGCCGCCGCGGGCGGCGUCGUCGGGCCGCGCGGUGGGAACCGCCCGAGGCCGGCUCGCAGCAGCCCGGCGGGAACCUCCUCCUGGACGUCGCGGGUUCUGCCCGCCGCGGCCCCGGCGCCCGGGGGCUGAGAACCGUCCCUCCCAACCUGUCUCUCCUCGUGGCUUCCCAGAGAUCCCAGGGCGGCUGCGCGCCCCGCCCCGAUUGCCAUGGAGACCGCCUGUACCCACCUCUUCCCCCGCGUGUACCCUGUCCCGAGUCGGGGGCCGGCGGGCGGCACGAGCGCCCGCCCAGGAGGGAGCCGGCCGCCCGGCGGUCUGGGGCCCAUGAACAGCGGGGCUCGGGGACGCUGGCCGCGGGGAGAGUGAAAUUCUUGGGCCGGCAUCGCGGGGCGGUCAACUCCUCUGCCUUCUCUCCAGAUGGCCAGAGGCUGCUCACGGCCUCUGAACAUGGCAGUGUGUAUGGCUGGGAGACCCAGAGCUGGCGGCUGCUGUGGAGGCUAAGUGGCCACACAGGUCCUGUAAAAUUCUGUCGCUUUCCCGAUGGCUGCCUUUUUGCCACCACCUCCUGUGAUUGUACCAUCCGCCUGUGGGAUAUAGCAGAAGCUAAGUGUCUGCAUCUCUUAAAGGGUCACCAGCGGAGUGUGGGGAUGGUCAGCUUCAGCCCUGACUCAAAGCAGCUGGCAUCAGGUGGCUGGGACAAGUGGGUGAUGCUCUGGGAGGUGCAGUCCGGCCAGAUGCUGCACCACUUAGGAGGGCACCGAGACUCAGUCCAGAGCAGUGACUUUGCACCCAGCUCAGACUCUGGUGAGCCACACCGCCACUGUUCAGCCAUUGGCUCCUGGGACUCCACUAUCAGCAUCUGGGACCUGCGGAUGGCGACACCAGUGAUCUUCCACCAAGAGCUGGAAGGCCACAGUGGCAACAUCAGCUGCCUGUGCCACUCAGCAUCUGGCCUCCUGGCUUCUGGCUCCUGGGAUAAGACUACCAAAAGCCUGCUUGUUCAGCUCAAAGGCCAGGUUACCUGGGUGAAGAGCAUAGCUUUCUCCCCUGAUGGGUCACAGCUGGCCAGCGCUGGCUACUCCCAUAUGGUCAAAGUCUGGGACUGCAACACAGGAAAAUGCAUUGAGACGCUGAAGGGAGUCUUGGAUGUGGCCCAUGCCUGCGCCUUCACCCCAGAUGGGAAACUCUUGGUGUCUGGAGUUGCUGAUCAGGCAAGAUACCAAGUCCACCGCAUGAUCAAAUCCCCCAGCGCCUCUGAGAUCUACCACCACCGCAACGGGCUCUCGGGUCUCAAGCCGGUCUCUCCCUGCCAGGGCACAUGCGACCUGGCAGAAUAAAGUCCCGCAGGGACAGUGAGGGCAGCUCCACAUCACAGGUCCGAAGCAACCACACC